UUUCCGGUGUGUGCGCCUCUACUCUCUCAUACAGAGCGAAAAUGGCGGCUGCAGGACGUCUUUCUCAAGUGGUUCGUCGGUUUGUUACUGCACCAGCUCGUCAGCUGUCCGCAGCUGCUCAUGCUGAGGAACACCAGGCAGCCCGCACAUGGAAGAUUCUUUCCUUUGUGGUAGCUAUUCCUGGUGUAGCUGUCUGCAUGCUGAAUGCUUACCUUAAGUCACAACACCACCAUGAGAGACCCGAGUUUGUGCCCUACCCACAUCUGCGCAUCCGUACCAAGGCCUUCCCUUGGGGAGAUGGAAACCACAGCUUGUUCCAUAAUAGCCAUGUGAAUGCUCUCCCCGCUGGCUACGAAGACCAUGAACACCACUGAGCCGAGCUGAGCUCACUUUCAGUACUGGGACCAUCGCUGCUCCAGCCUGUACUGUAUUUCCUAAAUUUCCGAGUGAAUUAAUAAAGUUAAUUUAAGAAGUGU